AGGAUCAACCAGUUUCUGAAGACUAAUGGGUGGACAAUUUUGGAUUCUUUAGAAUAUCUUUUGUUAUCCACACUACUUCAAACAACAAUUCGAGUAAACUUCUCUCCACCUACAGUGCCGUUUUGUUGCGUACUAGAGUGUGUUGUGUUGUUCGGGAUGUAACUGACUUUCUUGCAUUUCCUCCGCGUUACAUGAACCACAGAUGGUGCGUGUCGCAACACCUCUGUAAAUGCUUCCGAUUUUUUUUAUUGCGCAUUUGGUGAGGACAAGAGAUGUAGCGCGUUCAGAAUAAUGAACUGUCCUAGUUUUCACCGUCUAACCAGGUAAUGAACACGGUGACAACAGGAUUUGUUUUUAACUCCUUUUUCUAACCAGAAAAGCGAUUGGCACUGGCGUCAAUGCCAGGCGCUGGAUGGGUGGGUGGACUUCAGAAAGGUAAUCUGCUAGCGAUCAGGGAGGGACAGCAACAAGAAAUCUGGAUUUUACGGUCCUCGCUGAAAAGAUACAAGCUUUUGCGCUUUUGCGCAGUUUGGAUUAAUAACCAUGUUUUUGACUGCUUUGUUUCUUAUUACAACAUGCCUUCUAAUAGUGUGUACAGCACAGGAAAAGUGUGAAAUUUUUCCUAGGAACCCAAUCAUCCCAUACGGUUUCGAUUUAACGCUGUUCCUCAAAGCUCCAGCCAGUAGUGACUGUCACUCAAAGAUGCAGUCCCAUCUCAGCAAAAUCUUCUGGACUCUCAAUAAGAAAAAAAUAGACGAGAGGUUUUAUGACUUCAACUCCACCGUCGCCUCUGUGUCCAUUCACAAUCUCUCUGUAGAUCGAUGCACAGUGGAGUGUUUUAUAGAUGCUGCUAUACCUGUCUUGUUGAAUGGUAUCUUCGUCCAGACCUACCCUCUUGUCAGCAGUCCCCAAAAUGUCUCAUGUAUUGCAACAUUAGCAAACAAAGUAACCUGCAUGUGGGAUCAUGAUGAACAGUCGACAGACAUAAAGUACAUAGUUUAUCUGAAGCAGAUCAAAGAGCAUCUGUGUUGUUCAUCAGGAAAAGAAUGUACAUUCUCGGGACCUUUGAUUUUGGUAUAUAAUCAUCAACUGAGUGUACGUGUUGUUGCACAGAAUUCCUAUGAGUAUUCAGCUUGGUCCAACAAUGUAGUCUACAGACGUGCUUGGGAUAUAGUUCAAAUGGAUCAACCAGAAGAUGCUAUCGCUGAGGCUUUGCCGACCGGUCUCAGAGUGACGUGGGAUAUUAAAGAGGCAUAUUGGAUUAGAAAAGAAACGACAGAUUAUGAAAUACAGUUACAUGAAAAAGAUUCAUAUACUGAGGCUUUGGUGAAAACUGUGGAAAAUGGCAAAAUAAAUACUCUGGAAGUGACUGAGGUCAAACCCUGUACCAACUACACUGUGUCCGUGCGCAGCAGGUAUCAUGGCUCAGUCUGGAGCAAAUGGAGCCGUGAAGUUACAGCACUGAGCUAUCUCAAUGUGAGUAGCUUACCUUUAUAUCUCUGGAGAUCCAAAAGUGUGCUGGAUGACGAGGGAAAAAGAACAGUACACGUUAUGUGGAAGGGAGUCCCACCAUCAUGUAAAGCCUUUGAUAAAUAUUGCAUCUUCUGUGACUCUCUGAAACUCCCCGAGUCCUUUGGACCCUACCAAAAUCACACCAUUAUUGCUUUGGAUAAACAUCCUCACAGAAUUACAGUGGCCGUGUUUCGCAAUGACAUAAGACUCAGUGACGCUUCCAUUGAGGUUCCUGCCAUGGCAGAAGAGGUAAACUUACCUCCAGUCAGCAAUAUCAGCGUGUUUGUCCAGCAUGGAUGUAUCAAUAUCACCUGGGAGAAGCCCCAACUUCCUGUCAGUGGAUAUCUAAUAGUGUGGAACAGUACUGCUAAAAACCACAUGUGGCAGCAAACCCAAAAUACCAGUUUCACUCUGAAGGAUGAGCCUUUCACCCUCUACACCAUAUCAUUGACCCCUCUCUAUGAAGAUAAUCCUGGAAAUGAAAUUACUCUUCAUAAUUGCAGCCCAGGAAGAGACCUCACAGCAGUAUCUAAUGUCCAAGUGACUGGGUUUAGUGAUAAGCAUGCAGAGAUCCACUGGUUGCCUUUAUUACCAUCUCAGUGCUGUGCAUUUGUACUGAACUACACAGUGUUUUACCAAACAUACAAUGAGACAAAAUCCAGAAAUGUCACCGUGGGACCGUCUCAGCACUAUGUCAUUCUGGAGGACCUGCAAGCCAGAACAACAUACAGCAUUUAUAUCAUGGCCAAUACAGUGGCUUCUUCUUCCAAGAGUGUGCCAAUCAUAUUCUCAACAAAGCCCAGUAAAUAUUACCUUAUUGUGCUCGCUCUCUGCUGCGUGGCACUGAUCCUGCUGUCCAUGCUUGCUGUGAUGAUACAAAGAAAAGUCUUAAGUAAAAAGAUUCCAGACCCACGAUUCAGUUCUCUGUCCAUGUGGCCGUCAGACAAAUUCAGAAAUCCGUGGAAAUUACUCCCAGUGCCUGGGGGCAGGGACACAGAGAAGAUUCUGCCCUGUCAUGUGGACGGUGAAGUCAUCAGUGUCUCAAGCGAAACAGUCACGGCUGCACUGAAGACUUUGGCAGAUAUUCAGAAUAUUGCAACAGAUACUGAAACUCCGUCACAGUCACGAAUCACUCAAGAGUCUGCCAGUUUCUCUAAUAAAGGACAGCUGACAAAUGCCGGGAAAGAGCAAAGAGUUAUACCAUCACUGGAUUUUCAGACCUCAGGUGUUUCCCAUCAGGAAUUUCCACUUCCUCCUAUUCAAUCACCUUACAGGACGCAAACGCCGCUAAGCAGCCCAUUGGAGUCACCUAAUAAAUCUCAAUGGUCAGACGAGACAGAGACACUUCUGACACCAAAGCUCAAAAAUACAAAUUACUUUACUAGUUACGUAACCAUGGACAUGAUAGAACCUGGGAAACACCAGCCAAGUGAGGUCUUUUUAACCUUCCAAUAACUAUUAUUGUGUUUCAUUGCUACAACUGUCUAGGGCAUUCAAAACAUCCAGUAACCAUUAAUAACUGGAAAAACUUUCUGUUCACAUACUUGAUGGACUAUUUGCAGAAUAAAAGGUAUUUUUAGAUCAGGUUUAAUAUGAAUACAAAUAUCCAACAAUGUAAUCAUAUUGUUACUAGACAAUAAAAUGCUUAGCUAGUGCUCAGCUUGAACUGUAACUUAAUAACACCAUUUGAAACGUAUGUCACAUCAGACAAUGACUGCAGUGUUAGCUAGGUAAUGUCAGCACAAUGCUACAUCCAAGUGCACCUAACGCCUUACUGUUAAUGUCAUAAAGCAAUUAACAGUGAGUUAUUGUUCAGCUCAGCAGCAUUUCUAUAACAUAGCCUAAAACACUUUUCUAGGCAAUAGGUAUUCCACUGCCAUCAACGGUCCAAGGUACAUACUGUUUCUGUUAAAAUUCUCUUCUAGCUAGUUGAAGCACAGCGUAUGAUGACUAGCUAGAUUAUUAGUACUGUUACCAUGCAAACAGUAUAUGAAGAUUACACGAAGAAAAAAGUUUUAGAGAUUGAAUAUUGAUAUUAGAGCAUCGAAUAUCAGACAAAAAGUGAUCUGAAACAGAGCUGGGUUUGGAAAGAAUAUGUAAAUUAACUUGAUAAUGUUUUUCUUUAAGAUGGUUUGCAAGUUGGGCACGGUGGCUUAGUGGUUGGGGUUUCGAUUCCCGCCGCCGCCUUGUGUGUGCGGAGUUUGCAUGUUCUCCCCGUGCCUCGGGGGUUUCCUCCGGGUACUCCGGUUUCCUCCCCCGGUCCAAAGACAUGCAUGGUAGGUUGAUUGGCAUCUCUGGAAAAUUGUCUGUAGUGUGUGAUUGCGUGAGUGAAUGAGUGUGUGUGCCCUGCGAUGGGUUGGCACUCCGUCCAGGGUGUAUCCUGCCUUGAUGAGUAACUAUCAGCUGACAUCGAUACCUAUCAACUUAGUCAGUCAUUAUUAAUAUCACAUCGUCAAGUUUGCCACUGGAAGACAUGAUUUAACAAAGACAACUUUACAGCUUGAUAAAAUCACAAGUUUCAACGUGUGUUUCAUAGUUCGGAAAAAUCCCUGGUCCUUCAGGUAUGAGUAAUGUUUAGCUGGAAGUUUAGAUGACAUUAUCAGUACAAUCCAAUGAAAGAUUAUAGAGAAGGAACAUGUGGUUUUUAUUUUGUUUGUUGCUAACCCAAAGUACACUGGUAAGUUGGCCAAAUCAGGGGGUGGUUGCAGAUACCACUAUAUAAUUAAUGUUUUCAAACAUGUACAGUGUACUAAAUGAAAUGUUUUUGUUGUGUCUUUUACUUAUCUAUUACUAGACAUGCUAGUAGUAUGGCUGGGUUUGUGUAAGCCUCUCUGAAGCACUAAUAAACUCAAGAAGAUUGAUUUAGAUAAAUGAAGUCUUUAUUUCUCAUAUGAUUACUACAAAGUAUUAUGUCAGUAAUGACUUUUCACAAGAUAACGAAAAUGGAUGUGAAAAAACAUGCAUUAAACAGGUCUCCUGCUCUCUAACGUCAAAA